AUGGCGGACGGCUCCGAGAUUCCAUCGUCGUGUUUAUUCGUCGCUUGCAUCCCGCAGUCGCAGGUGGGAAUAUUUGAGAGAUGGGGAAGAUUCACCCAUGUCGCAGAGCCCGGGAUGCACUGCUUCAAUCCCCUCGCCGGGACUUGGUUGGCGGGAAAGCUGUCGCUCCGCGUGCAGCAGUUAGACGUGCGCUGCGAAACCAAAACGAAGGACAAUGUGUUUGUGACGGUGGUGUGUUCCGUCCAGUACCGGGUGAUGAAGGACCAUGCAGACGAUGCAUUCUACGAGCUCCAGAAUCCGCGCGAGCAGAUCCAGUCCUACGUCUUUGAUGUGGUGCGAGCAAGUGUGCCUCGCAUUGAGCUGGAUCAAGUGUUUGAGCAGAAGAACGAGAUCGCCAAGAGUGUGGAGGAGGAACUGGAAAAGGUGAUGACAGCGUAUGGCUACACCAUUCAGCAGACUCUCAUUGUGGACAUUGAGCCUGACGCCACCGUGCGCAAAGCCAUGAACGAAAUCAACGCUGCUCAGCGCAUGCGCAUGGCAGCGCAGGAGAAGGCAGAGGCUGAGAAGAUUCUUCAAGUGAAGCGUGCCGAGGCUGAUGCCGAGGCAAAGUACCUCUCUGGUGUUGGUGUGGCUCGGCAGAGGCAGGCAAUUGUGGACGGGCUGAGAGAGAGCGUCCUCGCAUUCUCACAUGAAGUGGCAGGAACAACACCCAAGGAUGUGUUGGAUAUGGUGCUUGUAACGCAGUACUUUGACACAAUGAAGGAUAUAGGCGCGUCAGCCAAGAGCAACACGGUGUUCAUUCCACAUGCGCCGUCUCAGAUUGCUGACAUUUCUGCCCAGAUUCGGAAUGGGAUGCUGCAAGGAAACAUUAAGCAGGAAUAG